AUGUCUAUGGACGGCUAUUACGACUUUCCUGACACCAAGGCCCCUCAAGCCUGUGUUGCCUGCCGCAAACAAAAACGAAAAUGCGACAAGGUACUUCCGACAUGCUCUCUGUGCGCCCGCAUGGCGAGAACAUGUGACUAUUCCGAAUCCACACCACUUCCCAGCGCCGAGGACUUCGCGCGGAUGAAGCAGAAGAUGGCGGACCUCGAGGCUCGACUCGAAGGCCGCCGGUCCGACGGAGGAUGGCACCAACCGUUCAAAUCCGUCAGCAGAAGUCCUUCGUCGGGCCUCGAGUCGGCGAGUGCUGGUGGAGGAGGUGGUGGUGUCUCUAUCUCAGCAGCAGCAGCAGCAGCAGACAGCAACGCCGCCAGGUUCCCGGCCAUGUUCUUCCUGGACGCCGAAGUUUACGAAUCCUCUGGCCAGAGCGCCGUCGCGCAGAAACCCACUGUGCCAAUUCCGCCAGAGGUGCUAGCCAUGCUGGGCAGUUCGAUUCUCGACAUCCAGGACAUUGUCGGGCGGUACUUUGAAAACAUCCACACAUGGCUCCCGUUCAUCUCGAGAAAGCGCAUGGAACUGACGCUGACGAACCCGGGACUGGAAAUGACCUUUGACCUUGCUCUAUUGUUGCUCUGUAUGAAAUUAAUCACCCUGGGACCGCUACCUAUGGGGUUCGGUGGCGGUGGUGAUGGUGUACAGCAGCACACCCGGGGCCCCCUAUACACCUUGGCGAAGCGGACGUUGUAUCUAGCCGAAUCCCACGGGCUCAUAUGCUUGCGAACCCUCCAGGCGAAUAUACUGGUGGCAGCAUACGAGAUUGGGCAUGCAAUUUACCCGGCGGCGUAUCUGACGACGGGACAUUGUGCGCGGCUGGGCCACGCUUUGGGGCUCAACGAUCGACGGCGCGCUCCUCAGAUAUAUAAGAAAAAGGCUGGCGCGUGGGCCGAAGUCGAAGAAAUGAAGCGGACGUGGUGGGCGACGAUGCUCCUCGAUCGAUACGUCAAUCUAGGUUCGUACGGACAUCCUUUGGCAACCGACGACCCCGGACGCGGCGAGACGUUGCCCGCGGACGACGUGCUCUGGGACGACGGCGAGCUCACAGGCAGCGAGCCACUGUACGUGUCAUCGUCGACGAACAUCAAGGCCGGCGCGUUCGCCCGCACGUGCCAGGCGUGCCACCUCCUGGGCCGGUUGCUCCGGCUGCUCAACGACCAGAUGCUGUCCGACGAGGGGGUCAUAGGGCCGGGCAUGGACGUGAGCAUGGGCAUGGGCAUGCGGUUCGCCGAGGCGCUGCAGCUGCACCGCACGUUCCGGGCGCUCGCGAACCUCCUGAUGACGGAGCACGGCGACGGCGAGGACGAGGGCCAAAGACGGCCGGGCGCGCCGCCACCGCCGCCGCCGCCGCCGUCGCAACAACACUACGGGACGGCGCUGGCGCUCUGCCUGGGCGGGCUGCUUCACCUGUACGACCCGUUCGCGUGCACCGAGACGAACCACGGCACGGGCACGGUUGAGGAGACGGAGAUGCAGACGGUCGCCAUCGCCGGGCUGCGCGCGGUCGCGGCCGACGUCCUGCGCUUCAGCCGCGGCGCGCUGCAGGCGUCGAUGAGGGACCACCCGGCCGCCAUCAGCCCGCUGGUCGGCGACUGUCUGUACAUCGCCGCCGCGACGUACGCCUGGCUCGCGUACGAGACGGGCUCGAGGGACGCCGCCGACGCCUACCAUCAGCUGAGGAACGUGCUGGGGAUCAUGGCCACGAGGUGGGCCGUCGCCGGACAGUACCUCGCCACCCUGGAGAAGGCGAGGGAGACGUUGUACCCCGAGACGCCGCUCUUGCUUUCGCGUUCGCAUUCGCUUUCCCACUGA